GUGGGGAAGAGGUGUGGUUAUACAACAUCCACUUCAUUCACCGCCUCUCGCUGCACCUUCUGUUCAGGCAGCUGUUCAUGUCGCAUCUCUUCGCUGAGCUCUUGGUGACUUUAUUCUUUCCUCCCUGGACAUAAAUGACUGAUUUUCAAAUGGUUUCCUCAGAUUUCACGGCGGAUGAGAAGAUGGAGAUCGAGAGCAUAAAGACGUAUAAGGAGGACCUGCUGGACGAUAUUCAGAGAUUAAAAUCUCAGAUCGACAGCGUCAUGGCGGAAAUACUCAGCUUCGAAUCUACAGAGGAAAACAAGACGCUGGAGAAGAGCAAACGAUUCUUAAUCGGCAAGAAGAAAUUCAACAUGGACCCCAAGAAGGGCAUCAAUUACCUGGUGGAGAACAAGCUGCUGGACGGCGGCGCUCAGUCCAUCGCCGAGUUCCUCUACAAGGAGGAGGGACUCAACAAGACGGCGAUCGGGGAGUUCCUGGGUGAAAGGGAGGCUCUCCACCUCCAGACCCUCAAGGCCUUCGUGGAGCUUCACGAGUUCUCCGACCUCAACCUGGUCCAGGCCCUCAGACAGUUUCUCUGGAGUUUCCGUCUCCCUGGUGAAGCUCAGAAGAUCGACCGCAUGAUGGAGGCUUUCGCCACACGAUACUGUGACUGUAACACUCCCGUCUUCCAGUCGACUGACACGUGGUACAUCCUGUCCUUUGCCAUCAUCAUGCUGAACACGAGCCUUCACAACCCCAACGUGAAAGACAAACCACUGGAGCGUUUCAUCUCCAUGAACAGAGGCAUCAACAACGGCGGAGACCUGCCCAAUGAGCUGCUGUCGAAACUGUACGAGAGCAUACGCAACGAGCCUUUUAAGAUCCCGGAGGACGACGGGAACGACCUGACCCACACCUUCUUCAACCCCGACCGAGAGGGCUGGCUCCUCAACUCAGGGUGUCGAGUGAAGACGUGGAAGAGACGAUGGUUCAUCCUGACUGACAACUGCCUCUACUACUUUGAGUUCACCACGGAUAAGGAGCCGAGAGGCAUCAUCCCCCUGGAGAACCUGUUCGUGAGGGAAGUGCCGUACGCCCGCAAACCGUACUGUUUAGAGCUCUACAACCCGAACGGUCGAGGCCAGAAGAUCAAAGCCUGCAAGACAGAAACAGACGGGAGGGUGGUGGAGGGGAAGCACCAGUCCUACACCAUCUGUGCCUCCAGCGCCGAGGAGAGGGACUCCUGGAUUGACAGCCAUCAGGUAGAAGCGAGCGUCACCAGGGAUCCUUUCUACGACUUGGUCUCCCUCCGUAAGAAGAAGGUGAUCAACCAGACUCCUCAGGACUGAGCAGCGUCUGUGGGAUCUGCUUUCUUCUGCAGCACAUUUGUGUUGAGGAUCGCCGUGUCUCAUGGGAAACACACCGACUGAGGGGCUGUGGGCUACAAGAGGGACUCCGCCUUCAGCUUGUUUCUUUGGAGAGCCAGAAAACCAGCUCUGGACCGAACUCAUGGUUUCUUGCUUUGAGCCACAGAUCCUCGCUGGGCUCAGCGGGCUCAGGCCGGCUUUGGGCCAAAGAUGUUGUCCCCACUGCACUUUCUGUCUGUUCUCAAAUGAGAAGCGUCUUUUUUUUUUUUUUCCUUCCGUGAUGUUUCUUGCCUCAUCGGGAUCAUUUGAGCAUGAUUUCUCAACAAUGCUUAAAAAGGCAACGCUCAUCUUCCAGGUUCUUCUCAGAAAUGGAUGUUCGUCACACUCCGGUGUAAAGACUCUGUUUAGUCAUGUAUCAUAUCAGACUUCACUCUUUAUCAUGUAAAUAUGACAUUUACCCCUUUUUAGUGUUUGUACUUUAUGCUGAUAGUGAUCAAUGAUCAAUGCAGUUAGCCACCAUUUCUUUGACAGUGCAAUAUCGGCAACACAAAUCGCCUGCAUUAUUAACACAUUUCCCGUGUCUGCCGGCUGUAAUGUCUGGAAGAACUCCUGCCUCGUCGACCCACUGUAUUCCACACGUCGUGUGAGUACUGCAUUUGCUCUGUUCUCAUGAGGUGAUUAUUUAAUAAAAGUGUGGAGAGGUUUGUUGACAUGUGAAAGUGGAAGGUGAGCAGCUGCGGCUCUGAAACCAUCCGGCCACACCUCACUUCCUCACAUGAGCCUCUUGCAGCUUAAAGAACAUCUGAGGCUCAGAUAAAUGUGAGACUGAAAAGACACACAAACACAGCAAUGUUCUUCUGGAGGGUAAACUAAGAGUUUGAGAAAGAUGCAGUGUUUUUAUGAUGGGUUUCAAGGAUUUCAGAGAAUUGUGGCUCGAGUGCAUCUUAAACUGGGUUUGAAUGAUCUGACUUUACAGCUUUCAGUAACUUUUUCCUACGUGAAGUCGUCGUCUAAUAAAACCUGAGCAUCUCCUGCCGAAUAAAACUCAAACAUCAGUUCGGUUCAAUUCUCCUGAAGGAGUUCGAAUCAUCUUAUAAGACAUGAAACGUGUCACAGGAAGCGGCAUAUUUAGUCUGCAGUGUGCCAAUAAGAGCAGCGCCCCCUCCACCCCCUCCACCCCCUCCCGCUGCUGCUGGUGCAGCUGACUUCCUGUUUCAGUGUUGCACCACAGCCAGCCCCCCUCAGCCGUCCCUCCAGUUCCCAUCAGCCCCCGUGGUUCCUCUUUGAGGCAGAAACAGCAAACAGGGUGAAGAGAGGCAGCUGGCGGUGGCUUUGUGAAGUACAGCCGUCAGAGGAAGGGUUGGCACCAACAGGAGAUUUCUUCUUAACCUCUGACGGGGCUAGACAAACACGAUUAUUACAUUCCGUCUUUUAACCUCUGAUCGUGUGCUGUAAAUUUAGCUCUUUAGGACCAAAACUUUAGAUCCCUGGUUCACAGUGACUCUAUGUAAAAUUCUAAAUACAGUGAAAGAUACUUUUCUCCAGUGCAGGGUGCACAUUGUUUUCCUAAAGGGUCACAUGAAAAAUUAUCUGCUAUGGAGGGCCGAGACUUGACCUGAAUUUGCUCAUUAAGAAUUAUCUCUUGAUAAAAAAUAAAAUUUUGCUCUGUGGCUCUUUUCGUCAGGGUCUUGUGGGCCUGACUAAAUGUUUGAGUUGAAUUUAAAAAAAAAAAAAAAAAAAAAAAAAAAAAUCAACAAUUUUUUUCCACCAGAAAACACUAAUUUAGUGUGAG